AUGAACCUGAAUAAGUAUUCCCGAUCGAACGCGGGCGUGCUGACCACACCUCUGGGGUUCAAAGGUUUGACAGUGGGUGGACUGACUCACCCUCUGGCCACGGACCCCAACCUGUGGAUAGAGGGAGGCAAGUGCGAGGUCGAUGAGAAGUGUCAGUUGUACAGCGAGGUACCGCAGACUGCCGAGGACUACGCUGAGGUCAACAUGUUACAGCGAGGCUCCUUGUGGACGUUCAAGGGGGUGGGAGGUGCCAGCCAGACGUCUGCGGCGUACGCCUCGACCACCCUGGUACUGCCGCCGUCCAGCAACAGCCACUCCCCGGACUCUGACCAAAAGAGGAGCAACGACAAUGAGACAUCCUACACAUCAUUUGGCUACUACGACGGAAGAGUGUUUUCUGAUAACUAUUACUUACUUGGUGACAGAGGAUAUAGGAUUAAGGGUAACUACAGUGCGGGGGUGCCAGCGACUCUGGUCAUCCCCCAGAACGGACGUAGAGCGCUGUCAGACGCCGGAGAGAGAGACACAGAGAGCAGUCAGCUAGACACCCCUCCCCCACCACCCCCAUCACUGCCACCACAGCCUCCUAGAUACCGACGAAGCUCUGCCUCCACGCCACUCAUCAGGCCACAAGAGAGUGUAUAUUCCGACGGCAGCAAGUGCCGGAUACAGAGACCUCCUAGACACCCACGGACUAUGACAUCGUUCAGCAGCUACAAUGACCACCACACUACCAUCUACCACAAACCGAACCAUAACUAUCAUGUGACAGCCAAUGGUAGAGGAGAACCACCAGGAGUGUGCAAGGGAACCACAUGAUGGCUACCCAGGACCACCUCGCCUGCUAGCGAACCAUACUGCAGGCCUAGCUGAGGCUGUACCUGAGUACUGACCAAAGAAAAUAACAACAACAUG